AUGGUCGAGGAGACGGCGUCACCCACAGAUCGAGUCAUCACUAGCAGCCCCACUGCUGGAGAAACCACACAGGAACCAACGGCAAUGCCUUCCGGAGGUCCCACCAUGACAAUCACAGACAGCCCUACAACCGCCAUACCCGAAACAAUGGCCCCCACAACCGAGUCUCCCACGUCGAGCCCCACGGGGCCUCCCGUCACCAUUGGACCGACAUCCAUUGUGCCGGGGUUGUCCGCGGAAACGGUGGCCAAACAGGGAGAUUUUAGCACCCCUCAGGGACAAGCUUUCUUUUUUGUCGAGGGAUAUCCCGGAUUUGAAGAGUUGCCGGAUUGGAGGAAACAGCAACUCUUUGGCAUGGCCACCUUCUUUAAUGCCUUUAAUGGUCGGAGGUGGCCAUUGAGUCGUCGACUCAAUUGGCUGGAUGCCGAUUUCCACGAAUGCGACUGGGCGUCGAUUCAGUCGCAGCCGUGUGAUUUGGAAAAUAAAAUGGAGUUUUUGGGGUUGCUCAAUGACGACUCGUUGACAGGGUAUGUGGCACCCGAGGUGGGCCUCUUGACGGAAUUGGAGGAACUCAGUGUGGAUCUUUGUGGAUUGACGGGAAAUGCCACCACGGUGCUUCCAGAGGAGUUGUCGGCAUUGUCCAAUCUGCGCUUGUUUAGCGUUUCUCGAAACGCCCUCACGGGAACGAUGCCAUCCACCAUUUCCAGUCUCAGCAGCCUACAGUUCUUGCAUCUUGACGACAAUCAAUGGACUGGAACGAUUCCCGCGGACUGGGGUCAAUUGACUUUUUUGAGGGAAAUUAAUAUCGGCGGUAACAUCGGCCUGACAGGGACCAUUCCGUUAGAGUGGGCGGCUCUGACAAAUUUGGAAUCCCUUAUCAUUGAAGGCACAAGUGUCUCCGGGGCUAUCCCGACUGAGCUCUGCAAUGUGCCUACCCUCACCGUUACGGCCGACUGCGGAAACAUUGAGUGUUGUUAG